AUGACUCUAGGUUUCGCCGCCUCUGCUUUGGCUUACGGUAACUCUACCAGCUCCUCUGUCGUCGCUUCUUCUAUUUCCUCUGUGGUCCCAGUGUCCUCCUCUGUGUCUUCCGUGGCCCCAGUCUCCUCCGUCUCCUCCGUGGCCCCAGUCUCCUCUGUCUCCUCCGUGGUUUCAGUGUCCUCCGCUCCAUACAGAGUCACCACUGUCAACGCCACCGACGUCACCGUCGUCACCGAGUUCACCACUUACUGCCCAGAACCAACCACGAUCACCACCAACGGUAAGACGAUCACCGUCUCCUCCGCCGGUACCAUCACCAUCACCGACUGCCCAUGCACCAUCACAAAGGCCUCCAAGCCAGCUACCGUCAAGCCAACCGAGACCAAGGCUGCCGCCGAGUCCUCCAAGGCCGCUGAAGCCAAGACACAAACUACACAGAUUGUCAAGCCAAGUGUGUCCUCCGCCAAGCCUGCCUCCUCCGCCGCUCCAAAGACCGUCCAACAAGCUUCCAACGCUGCCGGUAACCUAGUUGCUCCAUCCGUCUUCGGUGGUCUAGCCGCUGCUUUGAUGUUGUUGUAA